AUGCUAUGCCUUAUCUAUCUAUCGCAUUCAAUUCCUUAUCUAUCUAUCUAUCUAUCUAUCUAUAUAUCUAUCUAUCUAUCUAUCUAUCUAGAUAAGUUAACGGAAGGAAAAAGAAGGGCUUCAAAUGCAAAUAUAAUUCCGUCUGCCCAUCUCAUCUAUCUAUCUAUCUAUCUAUCUAUCUAUCUAUCUAUCUAUCUAUGUCAGUCAUUUUCUGUCUCUGUCUGUCUGUCUGUCUGUCUGUCUUCACUUCCUAUCUAUCUAUCUAUCUAUCUAUCUAUCUAUCUAUCUAUCUAUCUAUCUAUUUUAUCUCCUUUCCUAUCUAUCUAUCCAUCUCUCUCUAUCUAUCUAUCCAUCUCUCUCUCUCUCUCUCUCUCUAUAUAUAUAUAUAUAUAUAUAUAUAUAUAUAUAUGCAUUGAUAUAUGUUUUAUUCAUCUCAAUGUUUUCCCUUUCUUUUCAUAUCGAAUUGUUUGUAUAAGUCUUUCUCCUUCUGUUCUUUUCUUCUUUUUCAUGUCUUUGUUUCUUUGUUUCUUUCUUUUUUCUCCUGUCAUUCUUUCUUUCUUUCUUUCUUUCUUUCUUUCUUUCUUUCUUCUUUUGUCUCCUGUCUUGUUUGCUUUUUCUGUCUGUCUGUUUUUCUUUCUUUUUUUCUUUCAUUUUCCUAGUUGGUCGGUCUCUUUCUUUCUUUCUUUCUUUCUUUCUUUCUUUCUUUCUUUCUUUCUUUCUUUCUUUCUCUCUUUCCUCUCUUUCUUUGUCUUCUGUUUAUCUUUCUUGCUUGCUUAUUUCUCGCUUACUUGCUUUCUAUCUUUCUGUCUUUCUUUCUCUUUUUCUUUCUUUUUCCUGGUUGGUUGGUUUCGUACUUCCUUCCUUCCUUCCUUCCUUCCUUCCUUCCUUCCUUCCUUCCUUCCUUCCUUCCUUUCUUUCUUUCUUUCUUUCUUUCUUUCUAUUAUAUUCUGCUCCAACACGAAUUUCUUUUCUCUCUCUGUCUCUCUCUCUCUCUCUCUCUCUCUCUCUCUCUCUCUAACCUUAAUUUUUCUUGUUAACAUUUAUUUAGCUUUUAACCCAGUCUUUCAAGUUACCCUAUUUCUUUCUUUAUCUUUUCUUUUUAAUAAUCACUCUACUUCGUUUUAUGGCACUCUCGCAAUAUUUCUUCUUUUUACUUUUUCUUCUUUCCUCUCGCCGUCUGCUAACUGUCCAAGCGCAGUGCUCUCCCCUGCCAGUCAGCCUGUCCAUAUAAUCAGCUCUGUUUUUCCUCCAGAAAAAAAAAUUCAAAAAGAAAAACCCGUCAGCCGUUGA